UGCGGAGGGGGAGAGGCUAGGCAGCCUCCCUGCCACCGGGGCCACUUGAAAGCUACAACUGACUGAGGCUGCUGCUGCUGCCACCUCAGCUGCCGCUGGGCACUGCCUGCCCCCCAGGAAUUGGGCAGUGGGUCCCCACUCAGAACCAGCUCCAAGGAAACUCAGACUAAGCCUGGGCCAACAUGGCAUCUGUGUUUCGAAGCGAGGAGAUGCGUUUAUCCCAAGUGUUUCUCCAGGUGGAGGCUGCAUAUUGCUGUGUAGCUGAACUGGGAGAGCUUGGCUUGGUUCAGUUCAAAGAUCUAAAUGCAAACGUGAACAGCUUCCAGAGGAAGUUUGUGAAUGAAGUCCGAAGGUGUGAGUCCCUGGAGCGCAUCCUCCGUUUUCUGGAAGAUGAGAUGCAAAACGAGAUUCUAAUCCAGAUGCCUGAGAAGGAGCCAGAAACUCCUCUUCCCCGAGAAAUGAUCACCCUGGAGAGUACUCUAGAGAAAUUGGAAGGAGAGCUACAGGAAGCCAACCAGAACCAGCAGGCUUUGAAGAAGAGCUUUUUGGAACUGACAGAACUCAAAUACCUCCUAAAGAAAACCCAGGACUUUUUUGAGACAGAAACCAACUUAGCUGAUGAUUUCUUUGUUGAAGACACUUCAGGCCUCUUGGAGUUAAGAGCCAUACCUGCGUUCAUGACCGGGAAGUUGGGGUUCACGGCUGGCGUGAUACACAGGGAGAGGAUGGCUUCCUUUGAGAGGCUUCUGUGGAGAGUUUGCCGGGGAAACGUGUACUUGAAGUUCAGCGAGAUGGACACACUUCUGGAGGAUCCCGUGACGAAAGAAGAAAUUAAAAAGAAUAUAUUCAUCAUAUUUUAUCAAGGAGAACAGCUCAGGCUGAAAAUCAAGAAGAUCUGUGACGGGUUCCGCGCCACCAUCUACCCCUGCCCGGAGCCUGCAGCCGAGCGCAGAGAGAUGCUGGCCAGUGUCAAUGUGAGGCUGGAAGACUUGAUCACUGUCAUCACCCAAACAGACUCUCACCGACAGCGCCUGCUGCAGGAAGCAGCCACCAACUGGCACUCCUGGGUCAUCAAGGUGCAGAAGAUGAAGGCCGUCUACCACGUCCUGAACAUGUGCAACAUCGACGUCACCCAGCAGUGCAUCAUCGCCGAGAUCUGGUUCCCAGUAGCAGACACCAGGCACAUCAAGAGGGCCCUGGAGCAGGGCAUGGAACUCAGUGGCUCUUCCAUGGUCCCCAUCAUGACAGAAGUGGAGACUAAAACAGACCCUCCCACCUUCAACAGGACCAAUAAGUUUACAGCUGGCUUCCAGAACAUUGUCGAUGCGUAUGGUGUAGGCAGCUACAGAGAGGUCAACCCAGCUCCCUACACGAUCGUCACCUUCCCCUUCCUGUUCGCCGUGAUGUUUGGAGACUGCGGACACGGGAUGGUGAUGCUGAUGGCGGCCCUGUGGAUGGUCCUAAACGAGAGGCGCCUGCUGGCCCAGAAGAGCACCAACGAGAUCUGGAACACCUUCUUCAAUGGGCGUUACCUGAUCCUGCUCAUGGGCGUAUUCUCCAUCUACACUGGCUUGAUCUACAAUGACUGCUUCUCCAAAUCUUUUAACAUCUUUGGAUCCUCUUGGAGCGUCCAGCCUAUGUUCAGAAACGGCACAUGGAAUGCUCACGUCAUGGAAAAGAGUCAGUAUUUGCAGCUGGACCCGGCCGUCCCAGGAGUGUAUUCUGGAAAUCCCUACCCAUUUGGGAUUGAUCCGAUUUGGAACCUGGCUUCAAACAAACUCACAUUUUUAAACUCCUAUAAGAUGAAGAUGUCAGUCAUCCUGGGAAUCAUUCAGAUGACUUUUGGUGUUAUUCUCAGCCUCUUCAAUCACAUUUACUUCAGAAGGACCCUCAACAUCAUUCUGCAGUUCAUCCCCGAGAUGAUUUUUAUGCUGAGCCUCUUUGGAUACCUGGUUUUCAUGAUCAUUUUCAAGUGGUGCCGGUAUGAUGCCCACACAUCCCAGAAGGCUCCCAGCAUCCUCAUCCACUUCAUCAGCAUGUUUUUGUUUGACUACGAUGAUUCCAAUGCACCCCUGUACAGCCAUCAGCAAGAAGUCCAAACUUUCUUUGUCAUUAUAGCGUUGGUCUCUGUGCCGUGGAUGCUUCUGAUUAAGCCAUUUAUUCUCAGAGCCCAACACCAGAAAUCUCAGCUGCAGUCUUUCACGAUCCACGAGGACGACAUUGAAGGUGGGCACUCGAGCACCUCUGCUCAGAAGAAGACCACGGGUGCCCACGGGACUAAGGACGGCCACGAGGAGGAGUUCAACUUUGGAGACAUCUUUGUCCACCAGGCCAUCCAUACCAUUGAGUACUGCCUAGGCUGUAUCUCCAACACAGCCUCGUACCUUCGGCUCUGGGCCCUCAGCUUGGCUCAUGCGGAGCUGUCCGAGGUGCUCUGGACCAUGGUGAUGAACAUCGGCCUCCGCCUCCGCGGCUGGGGAGGGCUCAUUGGGGUCUUCAUCAUUUUUGCCGUCUUCGCCGUCCUAACGGUUGCCAUCCUCCUCAUCAUGGAGGGGCUCUCGGCCUUUCUGCAUGCCCUCCGGCUGCAUUGGGUGGAGUUCCAGAACAAGUUUUAUGAGGGGGCUGGCUCCAAGUUCUCCCCAUUCUCCUUCAAACACGUCCUGGAAGGGGCCGAGGAGUAGGCUGGUGCCAGCUGAAGGAGUUCACUCUUGUCUCUGAUGUCCGCCCAGGCCAGGUGUCCCACAAGCAGCCCUGUUGGCUACCUGAAGUGUGUGAAGCUGUGUGAGGCAUGGGAUUCGGCAGGAUUUAACCAUGUAACUGAGGGGCUGCUUUUUGUUUGGACUUCGUGUGCAGUCAAAUGCUCAAAUACCAAAUAACUGGGAAACGGGGGAGGGGGCACUAGACUACUAUCUUGUAAUAGUUUAUUUUUGUUUUACUGUCUAUCAUCUGUUUUGAGACAAGGUCUCACGAGCUCUGUCCUGGAAAUAGCUAUGUAGCCAAGGAUGGCUUUGAACUCCGGCUCCUCCUGCCUCCACUUUGUUGAGACGAC